AUGCCAACGCUCGAUCACAAACUAAUCGUAGACCGACUUCCAUGUCUGAGUCACUCGCUUACAGGUAGAUUGAAGGCUUGGUGAGAGAGAUAAGUUGCAACUAAUUGCUUUCGAAAGAAAGAGAAGAGAUGAAUCCGGCCAACGUGAGAAUGUGCGUGGUACUGGGCGCGAUCAUGCUGGCGAUCGGUCUUACGAACGGAGACAAGAUCGAUUCACCUAUCCCGUGCAGAAACACGUCAGAUUGUAGGAGCAUGCCACUUCCAGGGGAUGCUUUUUGCAAAAAUGGAUAUUGCAUGUGUCCGAAAAUAGACAAUGAUAUUCAAGCUUGCUCUAGCAUUAAUGCAUCUAUGCACGAGAAUAAAACUUCAGGUUCGCUACUUUAUCGAAGAUGCAAGCACGAACAAGACUGCCUUUUCGAGGGUGGAAUUUGCAAUUAUACUAUUAGUCAGUGCACUUGUUUAAAAAAUUAUCUACCGUCGAGCAACUUAAAAAGUUGCGUCCAAAAGAUCGAAUCGUUGGAGGUUGCUUGCACAGAUAAAAAUCAAUGUUUAACACUUUUGGCGAAUACUACUUGCGAUAACAGAAAAUGCGUUUGUGUGCCUGGUUAUUAUUUCGCAGACAAAGCAUGUUGGAAAAUGGCCGGAUACGCUGAAGCGUGCACGAAAAAUCAAGAGUGCUCGCACAUCGAAGGUAGUAUCUGUACUGACAAUAUGAUAUGCGGAUGUGCAGCUGAUACAGUAUUGAACACCAACGGCACAAAAUGUCUGACGGCCGCCAAAAUGCUCCAGGAUGAAUGUAUAGAGUCGGUACAGUGUACGUUUGAGUUCUCGACUUGCGUCGAUAAGAAGUGUCAGUGCAAGGAAGAUUUUCAUUACGAACGCGAGAUGACGAGGUGUUUCCUCAACAAAGCAAUCGGUGACAAGUGCGCGAACAAUUACGAAUGUUACCAGAUCGAAGAUUACAAGAACGAUCCACCGAUCAAGUCUAUGACGUGCGAUUCAAACGAUUCAAACACAUGCAUGUGCGCCGAUAAUUACGUCUUGAGUACUGAAGGCAAAUGCGUAAGCGAAAACGCCGGCUCGUCCUUAUCAAGGACGAUCAUGGUGUCCUUGUCGAUACUUGUUUGUGCAACAGUACUGACUUAUAUACUUUCGUGAAGCGCGACGUACGAGUUCUUCGAAGACAUUGUUGUACAAUGUAUAAAUUUUGAGUUUAUAGGGAGUUGGAUUUCUGAUAAUCACAAGUAUAACAUCGUGUAAGCACCAGAAAAAUUUAAUCUCAAGAAGAAAGAAACGCAAA